CACAAUUAAAAGAUUUCGUUACCAAUGUUUACCAAAUCUUGAUUCCGCUCUCUCAAGCCAAGUUUGCCAGUAUUCGUUCCGCAGCUAAUCCAAAGUACGACGCCACGGGCUAAAGUAGCCAAUCGCCUGUGAGACCAGGUUCCCCGAAAGCCACUUUCUCUCGGCUGAAGUCUUCUCGGCCAACCGAUAAUUGGGGGACCAGCACCGUUGCUUUGAGCCCGUCUGCGGAGUUCGCUUCAAGAACAUAGAAACUCGGGAAUCAAAUACGACAAGAACGAAGAAAAAGGACAAUGGCUCUCUUCUCUAAACUAGCCACCGGCGCCGUAGGCGCCAUCCACGUCUACAUCCUCGCCCUGGAGAUGUUCCUGUGGGACACCCCCCGCGGCCACAAAGCCUUCAAGCUAGCCCCCGAUUUCGCCACAAAGACCAAAGUGCUGGCGGCCAACCAAGGCCUCUACAACGGCUUUCUUGCCGCAGGGCUGUUCUGGGGGCUUGUACACCCGGUGGAAACUUUUGGAGAGCAAAUCAGACUGUUCUUUUUGGGAUGUGUAGGCGUUGCCGGCGUGUAUGGCGCGGCGACGGCCAGCAAGAGAAUCCUUGGCGAUUCUGACUUUGAGAUUGAAGCUGAGCUCAGCCCUCCAGAGAGCAGCACUAAGAGGCGAAAGACGGCUUCUGCUUCACGUUCAGUUAAAUUGGACGAGACUUUGCGUAAAAUACUUUUUGCCCAAGAUUCCACAGAAACGUCAAGAGAACCAUGUUUGCCGCCUUCUCGCCAGCACUCGAUCAUAUACCACAGGCCCCUGCUCUUAGAUAAAGAUGUCGGAUCCCAGGGUCGUAAAGCCUUGCUUUCGUGGUUUCAAUCUGUCAGCGAAUCACGAUCUAUGCCAUGGAGAAAAGCGUGGGUCAAUCCGAAAACGAUAUCGGACCCCGUAGAGCUUCGAACGACGCUCGAGAAACGAGCCUACGAAGUGUGGAUCAGCGAAAUCAUGCUUCAGCAGACUCGCGUGGCCACCGUCAUCGACUACUGGACUCGCUGGAUGGCCAAAUGGCCAACGAUACACGACCUCGCGGCGGCCAAAUCUGAAGAUGUGCUUGCUAUGUGGAGUGGGCUAGGAUAUUACAGCCGAGCGACGAGAAUCCAUGAAGCAGCAAAGCUUGCAGUUGGCGACCCAGACAUGAAAGGUCUUUUACCAUCAUCCGCAAAGGAGCUCGAAGCGAAGAUGCCGGGAGUUGGGGCGUAUACCGCAGGCGCGAUCUCAUGCAUUGUCUUUGGCAACCCGAGCGCUAUGGUUGAUGGCAACGUUUUCAGGGUGCUGAGCCGGCAAUUGGGCAUACAUGGGAACGUGAAAACGGACAAGGCUGUCAUAGAUACCAUUUGGGCUGCAGCAGAUGCUCUGGUCAAGGCCACAUCAGAGCUGGACGGCGACGAUGGUUCUAUAAACUCUGAGCCCAACGACAGGCCAGGGCAAUGGGGCCAAGCGCUUAUGGAGCUGGGCAGCACGGUCUGCACGCCCAAUCCGAACUGCUCUCAGUGUCCCAUUACAUCCACUUGCCGUGUUUACAAAGAAGGCGAACUUCAGGCCAAGAAGUCGAAGGAAACUUCUCCCGGGAUACCAGAUAUCGAAGAUGCCUGCACUUUGUGUGAACCGUUUGAGGGUGGCGUCAAAGACAGCGAUGACGACUCGGCACAGGACAAGAAGCGUGGCAAGGCCAAGAAACCCGAUGCGAAGCAAAACAGGCAGGCCACGUUAACAGCUUUCGCAUUCACGAAGAAAACCAUCAGUAGCUCAUCAUCCCCUUCUCUUUCUCCGUCAACAACGGUUCCAACCCCUGCCAAAGAGACCAUGGAAGCAAUCACGAAAUACGCCCGCAGGUUUCCUGUCAAGGCCGUCAAAAAGGCUGCCCGCAUGGAAGAAACGCUUGUCUGUGCCAUCCGCCGCGGUGACGGCCAGUAUCUUAUCCAGCGGCGACCACUAAAAGGCCUAUUGGCUGGGCUAUGGGAAUUCCCCAGCAAACUACUCGAGGCCCCAGCAAAGACGGAUAAAAAGAAGCGAGAGCAGCUAUCUCUCGAAUACGCGUCAAAACUAUUACAUGGCAUUAAAGCUGGUAAACCGCCAAAGAUGUCAUACAAGGGCGAAUUGGGCAGCAUAGAUUGGCAGUUUACGCACAUCAAGCUGACAAUGCACGUCCAUCUUUUUACUGUAGGCGAAGUUGCCAUGGUAAAAGAGGAUGACGAGGAACGGCCCAAGCAAUGGGUCGUCGACCUUGAUGCUUUUGAGUCGAUGGGAACGGGGAUGCGGAAAUGCUGGGAUAUGGUGAAGGCAGAAGUGGACGAGCUGUAAUGAUGUGCUGGGGCGAAAUGGGAAGUGGUAAUGAUUUUUCAGGCAUUGCAGCCGAUUUGUAGAAAACAGGAUAUGGCAACUUGACGAUUGGAUCGGACAUUGGCGUUUGAUAGAAAGGUAUAUGCUCGAUUGUACAGUGAUAGAGUACAAUAAUAGUAGAUACUAGUUGGCAUAUAUGUAUGUGCAAGAUAGCGCUGUAUAGCAUCUAUGCAGCAUCUAGACCUACUCUUCAAUG